CGGACUCUUUUGGGAGAUCCGGGCUCAGCCAUCGAAGUCAGUACUUAUCAAAAACGAGCCGAGUGCAGAUGUGUUGUGACCAGUUGUUGUUGUAGGUGAUAGUUGAGACUAGCGUCGCGUCGCGUCGCGUCAUCAUCGCACAAUCUAGGGUUCGUCGCUUAGCAGAUACGGUGCGAUGUUUUAUUUAGUCGAUCGCUUUCGCCGGAAGUAGACGUUAAGCACACACCGUGCCAAAAAUAAUCAAUUGGUCUAAUUGUGUGUGCGUGUGAGUGACUUUGUGUGCGUACAUGAGAAAUGUUUAUAGCUAUCGUCUGAAAACAAUACUUAACAUUGUAAUUUAGUAAGAUUACAAUUAUUGGCAAGUUAUCGAGUAGAAGACAAAAAUAUAGACAGCACCAAAAUGGAUAUUCUACAGAUGAAUCUCACGGAUUUUACCUUUUACGAUCUGAUAAACGUAAAAGGCGUAGAGGACACGAUCGACAAAUUCCCAUUGAUGGCGUCGCCGGUGCCGAGUUCAAUCGUUAUUGCCAUCUACUUAUACUUAGUCUACAAAUGGGGUCCUAACUACAUGGAAAAUCGCAAACCCUACAACUUGAAGUUGGUUAUAGCCGCCUAUAACGUCUUCCAAGUCAUGGCUUGUUCUUAUUUGGUGAUGAAUUACAUUAAGGUAGGAUUCAAAUUCAGCUUCAUCGGAAGAUGUACGCCAAGAAUGUCCGUCAACGAUAUCGAACAUGGCUAUGACGCCGUCUAUUAUGGAUGGCUGGCGAUGUGCCUGCGAAUGGUCGAGCUGAUUGAAACAAUCUUCUUUGUUCUGCGCAAGAAACAGAACCAGGUGUCAGCACUGCACGUCUAUCAUCACAUCAGCACUUUCCUAAUUGUUUGGUGGAGUCUUAAGCUCAGCCUUUCUUACCAGGAGAUGUCAAUCAUGGUUCUGAAUUCGAUCGUCCACAUUAUUAUGUACUCCUACUACUUGCUGUCGUCGUAUAAAUUUUUCCAUCCUGUUACAAAUCGAGUGAAGCCCUUCAUAACCAUCAUUCAGCUCGUUCAGCUAGUAACGAUGCUGGUCCACGUGUAUGCUGCACUGCAACCGACUUGCACGGCCAACAAAUUCAUCUACACGCUGCAUGCCAUCAAUCUCGUCAUCCUGAUCAGUCUGUUCACCAACUUCUAUCUGAAAACCUACAUCAAGAAGACACGCCGCGUCAAACAAAGCUAAAGACGAAAACCUCUCAAAUGGUUUAGCUGUGGUGUGGUUUGGCGUUUCUCCUAGGGCGGUGACAUUGCUUUAUGCAUGUUUGUCAAUAAGAAAAAGUGAAAUUUACUAGUUAAUAUUUGAACUUCAACUAGCACUUGACUGAUGUAACAUCAAAGGCAGUGAUGGGUAGUGAGAUCACAGAGGAAAAAAAACACUAAUACUUUAAGUUGGAUAGAGUAAACAACUUGUAAUAUCGUGUCAAGAAUGUUUCAAGUGUAAUUAAGAUUAAGAACGCUCAAUAUAUGACAUUGAACUACCUGAUGCCAGUUAA